AUUCUGUGUGUAUGGGUUUACCAGGACUUAGACAGCGAUAGAGUCGUAACGCGACAAGAGCCGUAGCCAUCUUUUGUCUUUCUUAUCAGAUGAAAUGCGCCCACCAGGAUCGGUGAUAUUCGCUGCCUCCGCUCCGUUCAGCUUAAAAUGGCAAGUCAUCGGCCCUGUCAUCGCACUUACGGCACUGGCUACCAUCUUCGUCGCAUUGAGAUGGUAUAGUCGUGUUUCUUUGACUCGGAAAGUGGGAUGGGAUGACUAUCUUAUCACGUUUGCGUUGGCAUUGUCAAUGUCAAUGAUGGCACUCAUCGUAGCUGCGCUGUGUUUUGAUUAUGGCGACAUAGACUGGCAUGUGGACUGGCACGCCCUCGAAGAUAUAACCAUUCUCUUCUACACCAACAACGCCCUCUACCAAACCGCCAUCAACCUCGUCAAAUCCUCCAUUGUCGUCCAAUUCCUGCGAAUUUUCACCGGACCGGUACCCACUCGCAUCUGCCACGGAAUUCUCCUCCUCCUCCUCAUUGCUGCCUGCUGGGGCAUAUUCGGCGGCAUCUUCCUCUGCAUCCCGAUCCGCAAACACUGGCACCCCGACUUUAAGGGCCACUGCAUUAACUCCCGCGGAUACUGGUACUCAGCCGCGGGGCUGAACGUCAUGAACGAUUUCAUCGUAUGGCUGUUUCCAAUGCCGUUCAUAAAGCAACUACGGCUGCCCACGAGACAGAGGAUAGGACUACCUGUUGUUUUUAGCCUGGGCGGAUUCGUCUGCAUCAUCAGCGUCCUCCGCAUGCUCCUCGUCCGCAUCGCCGUUAUCAACGGUGAUCACACAAAAUCCGGCAAAGAAGCCCUCCUCUGGUCCGCGCUCGAAGUCAACAUCGCCAUCAUCUGUGCGUGCAUGAUGGCGCUGAAACCGCUGCUGGUGCAUCUCUUCCCGCGCCUCAUGGGGCCCAAGAAACCAGCGCUGCAUAACAUGAGGCUGCCGAUACUGGAUACAAGUUUCUGGGGCACGACGGUCACGACGUCGGCGCGGAGGAGCAGUACGUGUGUGGAGACGCCAGAGGGGCCGUGGAUUAAGGUGGAUACGGAGACGGUGGUCGGGGAGGAGAGGGUGGGGCUGGGUGCGGGGGAUGCGUCCAGAUCUUACGGAUCUAGGUCUCGAGAGGGGGGUUCGUUCAAGGAAGUGGAAGGUGAUGGGGAUGAGAGGCUUUAUCAUCCAGAGGAUAGACAUUGAAUCAAAGAAGUGCAAAGAGGAGAUCGAAGCCGGCUUAGUGGUGCUGGAUACCGCAAUGCUUUUGUUCAUCGUUGAAACUGUACCAUAUCUUCGCAGCGUGUGUAAGUAGGCGUAUACUCCGUUAGCAUAGUGCUUUAGCAAACUUGUAGACGUUCAUCCACUGCC